UUUACCGAGAUUGCAGUCAGACCGCAUGCUGUAAAAAUGCUACAGGGAAAGACAGACCCAUGCUCCAAGGAUCUUACAAUGCAGGCUGGACAGAGAACUCCUUUCAGAUACGCAGUGCUCCAUUUGAUCAGGAAUUCAUGACAACGUACUUGAAGGAGCUAGAAUUGAAAAAGAGACAGGAAGUUGGCAAUAUAAGACAUAUAGAACAAGCUGUUAAUGACCUUAAGGCGCACGCCUCGGCUAGUAAAGCAUCUCUGGCAGGGAAGUUCACCGAACUCCGGUUACUACUUGAUGAAGAGGAAAGGUUGACAAAAAAAUUCAUAAAUGAAAAGACUCAGCGGGCCCUCAUGAUGUAUGAGCAGCAGACGGAGAAAUGUCAAGAACGAAUUCAAAUCAUAGAGAGCUUCUCAGACCGAGUCAGGCAGAUCCAGCAGCGAAGUGAUCCCAUUCAGUUAUUACAGGACUACACAGCAUCAGAAAAAGAAAUACAGCAGCAGAGGGCUCCGGCGGAACAGUAUCACCCGGUGCCUAUGUCAUUUGAGCAUGUUAUGAACCAUUACAGGGGCUUAGCAAGAGCUAUGCAGUCCGUUCUGCAGAAACCUUUAGAAGCUCGUCUGAAAGAAG